GUUUUUGAGAUUGGCUCCCCAGUAAUACACCUGCUUAUGCAUCUUGUCAAUGUGCCAAAUGAAACUGGAUUUUAGCUGAAUUUUGUUAAAACAGUUGAUCAUUUACGUUAUAAUGGAGACCAAAUCUUCUUCCAGGUUCUCUAAACAUUACCUGCAAAUGGCCGAGCCAUAUGGGCUAGUGCCACCAGUCAGAGACUGCUCUCUGGCUGGAAAUAGCAGCAACACGCUGCGAUGGGACUUGUCACCCAAUGAGAUCAGGAUCAAGGCAGAGGACUUGAUUGCCAGAGUGAAGAAAGUCUACGAAGAAGUUGGAACGCUAAACUUGGAUAAUGUCUCCGUUGAAAACACGCUGAAAGCCGUGGCCAAUGCCAAGCUGGACUUCGCAUCAACCCGCUGUCCUCUCGGAUUCCUCCAGUAUGUUUUUCCCAACAAGGAAGUUCGCUCUGCAAGCACAGAGGCAGACAAGAAGCUCUGUGAGUUUGAUGUGGAGAUGAGCAUGCGAGAAGAUGUGUUCAGGCGCAUUACUGCCCUGCAGAAAAAACUUCAAGACAACAUUUCACCUGAUGAGAAGAGAUUCUUGGACAGACUUGUUAUACAGGGCGAGAGGAAAGGAUUGCACCUGUCUAAGGAUGUACAGCAGGAAGUAAAAAUAACCUCCAAGCUCAUGAGUGAACUCUCCAUAGAGUUCAACAGAAAUCUGAAUGAGGAUACUACCUCGCUUGUCUUGUCCGAAUACGAGUUGGGUGGACUUGCUGACAGCUAUAUCAAUAGCCUGCAGAAGACUGCAGAAGGACGGUACAUAGUGAGACUGGAAUCUCCCCUUUACUACCCUCUGAUGAAGAGGUGCUACAUUCCUGAAACGAGGAAGAAGUUGGAAAUGGCUUUUCACAGCAGGUGCAAAGAGGUGAACACGCCAAUCCUUGAAAAGUUGAUACAACUCAGGGCGAAGGUUGCAGGUCUACUUGGUUACCACAGCCAUGCAGACUAUGUGCUGGAGCUUAAUAUGGCCAAGAAUGGGAGCAAUGUGUGUGACUUUAUUGAUGCGUUCUACGAGAGGUUGAAGCCCAUUGGCGUUGAGGAGAGGAAGUAUAUUCUUUCCCUAAAGAAGAGGGAGUGCUUAAUGAAGGGCUACCACUUUGAUGGGCAGAUCCACUCCUGGGACUUGCCCUACUACAUGAAUCAAGUGGAGCAGCGCAAGUUUGCUGUGAACAAGGACAAACUAAUCGAGUAUUUCCCGCUGGAUGUGGUAACAAAGGGUCUGUUUGGCAUCUACCAGGACCUGCUGGGGCUCACGUUCUCGAAGGUGGAGCACGCUGACGUAUGGUAUGAAAACAUCCAGGUCCAUUCAGCUCAUGACACCGAAACGGGAGAGGAGAUUGGACAGUUCUACCUGGACUUGCAUUCAAGGGAUGGAAAGUACGGCCAGGCAGCAUGCUUUGGACUUCGGCCUGGCUGCAGAGGACCAGAUGGGGAUAGAACAAUUCCUGUGGCAGCUUUGGUGGCUAACUUUAGCCAACCCCGCAAGGGCUUUCCCACUCUCCUCCAGCACCAUGAGGUGGAAACUUUUUUUCACGAGUUUGGUCAUGUCAUGCACGAGCUCUGCUCCAAGACCGCAUUUUCAGAAUUCAGCGGAACUCAGGUGGAGACAGACUUUGUGGAGGUACCAUCUCAGAUGCUUGAGAACUGGGUUUGGGAAAAAGAACCUUUGAGAAGAAUUUCUUCCCACUACAAGGACGGCAGCCCAAUCCCAGACGAUCUGCUCGAGAAACUGAUUGCUUCCAGAGUAGCGAACACGGGUUUGAUGAACCUGCGGCAAGUGCUCCUCAGUAAAGUAGACCUGGUGCUUCACUCCGGCUCAUCUGCAGAUACAGCUAAAGUGUUUGCAAAGCUCCAACAGGACAUUAUGGGCAUUCCUGCGACGCCAGGUACUAACAUGAUGGCGAGCUUUGGCCAUUUGGCCCUAGGAUACGAUGCUCAAUACUACAGCUAUCUGUGGAGCGAAGUCUACUCCAUGGACAUGUUUUUCAGUCGCUUUAAAAAGGAAGGCAUUAUGAAUCCAAAGGUUGGAAAAGAGUAUAGAGCGGUGAUACUGGAAGCUGGUAGCUCUGUGGAUGGGAUGGAGAUGCUGAAAAUGUUUCUUGGGCGUGAGCCUCAUCAGGACGCCUUCUUUAAAUGUAAAGGUCUGAUGUAGUCACAACAAAACCUCUGAUUAAGUGAAAUAAAAAAGAGAAACUGAGCUCAGUGGCUUCUAAAUAAUUUAUAUAUGCAUAAAUGUAUUUAGAAUUGAAAAAUGGUGACUGUUGAAAACAAUGGUGAAAAAAACCUUCUUGUUGUUAUACUGCACAGGGACAGUUUCAGCUCUAAUAAUACAACCAGAAUAAUUACAAACAAACACACUACACGCCCAGAUAGAACCAGUCACAUCAGCAAUCCGUUGAUAACCAUCAGCGCCUUUUGCUCUCCAAUACCCCUGGGUAAAAGCCAACAACACACAGCGUCUCCACACCCGUAAGGGCCAAAGGAAUGAGGGGAGCCGAAUCUUGAGAACUUUGGUAAAGCAGAACAAACAUAACUAUUUGUCACACCUAAUUGACAAGCUGACAAUCACCAUCAUCCGGUACCAAAUAUUUCUCUGGUAUUUGUUGGUUCAACAACUUGUCUCACUCAAAAGAAGUUUAAAUUCAAACAGGAAUUUAUUUUUUAAACAGAAUUUGACUGUUAACAGUUGCAGAAAAAACUUUAUACAUUUUAUUGUGAAUUUUGCAGGGAUUACUUCACGAAUUGUCUUAAUAUUUACCCUCAUAAGACUUAUCUUUGCAGAGAACUGAUUUACAGAGUGAAUAGAAAUAGAU